UUUUCAGGUGCCUUUUUUCUUCUAGUGGUGAGACACAGGGAUCAGAGGGAUCUGUGUGUUUACAUUUUUCACACAGAAAGAAUGAAGAUUUAUGCUACUUGUUUGCUGUUAAUCUGGGCAGAAACAGCUCAACCAUCUCCUAUUACUGCAGCCCAAACUGCCUGCAUUGAUGACCUCUUUCAGUGUGGGGAUGGAGGGUGCAUUUCCCAACGCUGGGUCUGUGAUGGAAGCCCUGAAUGCUUAGACGGGAGUGACGAGAGGAACUGCUCCCUUGGCUGCAAUAAUGACCAGUAUCAGUGUGGGGACGGAAGGUGCAUUCCCCAACGCAACGUCUGUGAUGGAGAUCCUGACUGCUCUGAUGGGAGUGACGAGAGGAACUGCUCCCGAAAAGACUGCAAAGAACAUCUGUGUGGGGACGGAAAGUGCAUUCUCCAACGCUACGUCUGUGAUGGAGAUCCUGACUGCUCUGACCAGAGUGACGAGAAGAACUGCUCCCAAACUGCCUGCUAUAAUGACCAGUAUCAGUGUGGGAACGGAAAGUGCAUUCCCCAAAACUACGUCUGUGAUGGAGAUCCUGACUGCCCUGACCAUAGUGACGAGAGGAACUGCUCCCGAAUUGCCUGCAAUAAUGACAAAUAUCAUUGUGGGGACGGAAAGUGCAUUCCCCAACGCUACGUCUGUGAUGGAGAUUAUGACUGCGCUGACCGGAGUGACGAGAGGAACUGCUCCUGCAAGGAUGACGAGUAUCAGUGUGGGGACGGAAAGUGCAUUCCCCAACGCUGGGUCUGUGAUGAAGGCCUUGACUGCUCUGAUGGGAGUGACGAGAGGAACUGCUCCUGCAAGGAUGACCAGUAUCAGUGUGGAGACGGAAAGUGCAUUCCCCUACGCUACGUCUGUGAUGGAGGAUUUGACUGCUCUGACCGGAGUGACGAGAGGAACUGCUCCCGAACUGCCUGCAAGGAUGACCAGUAUCAGUGUGGGGACGGAAAGUGCAUUCCCCAAAACUACGUCUGUGAUGGAGAUCCUGACUGCCCUGACCAUAGUGACGAGAGGAACUGCUCCCGAAUUGCCUGCAAUAAUGACAAAUAUCAUUGUGGGGACGGAAAGUGCAUUCCCCAACGCUACGUCUGUGAUGGAGAUUAUGACUGCGCUGACCGGAGUGACGAGAGGAACUGCUCCUGCAAGGAUGACGAGUAUCAGUGUGGGGACGGAAAGUGCAUUCCCCAACGCUGGGUCUGUGAUGAAGGCCUUGACUGCUCUGAUGGGAGUGACGAGAGGAACUGCUCCUGCAAGGAUGACCAGUAUCAGUGUGGAGACGGAAAGUGCAUUCCCCUACGCUACGUCUGUGAUGGAGGAUUUGACUGCUCUGACCGGAGUGACGAGAGGAACUGCUCCUGCAAGGAUGACGAGUAUCAGUGUGGGGACGGAAAGUGCAUUCCCCGACACUGGGUCUGUGAUGGAGGCCUUGACUGCUCUGAUGGGAGUGAAGAGAGGAACUGCUCCUGCAAUGAUGACGAGUUUCAGUGUGGGAACAAAAAGUGCAUUCCCCAACGCUACGUCUGUAAUGGAGGAUUUGACUGCUCUGACCGGAGUGACGAGAGGAACUGCUCCCAAACUGGCUGCAAUGAUGACCGGUAUCAGUGUGGAGACGGAAAGUGCAUUCCCCAACUCUUCCUCUGUGAUGGAGAUUUUGACUGUGCUGACCGGAGUGACGAGAGGAACUGCUCCCGAACUGCCUGCAAUGAUGACCAGUAUCAGUGUGGGGACGGAAAGUGCAUUCCCCAACGCUACGUCUGUAAUGGAGGAUUUGACUGCAGAGACAAGAGUGACGAGAGGAACUGCUCCUGCAAGGAUGACGAGUAUCAGUGUGGGGACGGAAAGUGCAUUCCCCGACACUGGGUCUGUGAUGGAGGCCUUGACUGCUCUGAUGGGAGUGAAGAGAGGAACUGCUCCUGCAAUGAUGACGAGUUUCAGUGUGGGAACAAAAAGUGCAUUCCCCAACGCUACGUCUGUGAUGGAGAUCUUGACUGCUCUGACCGGAGUGACGAGAGGAACUGCUCCCAAACUGGCUGCAAUGAUGACCGGUAUCAGUGUGGAGACGGAAAGUGCAUUCCCCAACGCUACCUCUGUGAUGGAGAUUUUGACUGUGCUGACCGGAGUGACGAGAGGAACUGCUCCCGAACUGCCUGCAAGGAUGACCAGUAUCAGUGUGGGGACGGAAAGUGCAUUCCCCAACGCUACGUCUGUAAUGGAGGAUUUGACUGCAGAGACAGGAGUGACGAGAGGAACUGCUAGAAACAAGAGGAGACACUGUGAAAGUUUGAUCCUUUAGAACAAGCUUGGUUUUUUCUAUAUUAUUACUAUGUUUAAAUGAUUAGUCAUUUUUUUAGAGCUUCUUCUUUUAAUUCCAUGUUGUUUAAGCAAACAUGCAUCGAACAUAUACAUUUGGGCAAAGAAACAAGAUCAUUAUGAUACGCCUAGGCCAUGUGCAUGUAUAAUACAAGAGUGCUUAAAGAUUCCAUCACCAAAUGCCAUUGAUUAGCAUUGUGUAUUUUUCUUUUCAUUUUGUACUUGUAUAUCAUACAGAAUAUGCAGCAUAUACUUAAGAAGUUAAUUAAAUAGUACAUGGAUAUCUAUCUAUCUAUCUAUCUAUCUAUCUAUCUAUCUAUCUAUCCAAUUCAUCUUUACCACUUGAUGAUAAUAAUAAUCAGUUAAAUCUUUGAUGUUUAGUGUUGAUUUAUGUCAGUGUAUCAAAUAAAUUCUUGCGUACAGCAUA